AUGACUACCCAGGACACCACCUCCGGUAUCCCGAGCAAACGCGGCUCGUCAGCCCUCCAAAUGGGGCCUCGAAAAAAAGCCUCCUCAUCCGACCCGCUUGUCUCUCACGGACGCCACUUUGGUCGAACGGUAUUCGCGUUGUGCAACUACCCUUCUUUGCUCACCAACGGCGUCUUGAGACUGGAGUUACUGGAAGAUACCCCUUUGGAGGAAUUCCCUGCUGAAGAGCGGCGAGAACACCGCGUCUUUGAGCAACUAUUAGACUCAUAUCCUGGCCUUCUGGAACGACUGAAAGGUGGAUCUGAAGAAGAAAUCCUUCACGUUGGAGAGCUGAUCGGUAAAGGAGCCGCAGGCGCCAGAGGCGACGACACAAAGACCUUGAAGUCUGCGGUCCUUGACUGGAUUUCUCCGAAAGGAGAACCUAUACAACCUCCUUUACACAGAAACUCCAAGAUUGACCGCGGUUUCAAUCACGAACUCACGGGUUCUCUCCUCUGUCCUGCUGGGUUGGACUGGAACCACCCUCAGACGAAGGAGCACCUCCGAAGCGGUGAAAUGCUAGUAUGUGGGGAUCAAUGGCCCGUUUUUUUGUACGCCCACUAUAUUUAUGACCCCGAAGACCCGUGGUGUGGUUUGCUUAGGAGCCGCUUGCUAGUGUGUGCCUAUAAGCAUGUUUUCACGUCCCCGAGUUCGGUUGAGAGGGAGCCGAAGGCCACGCGAUCAGGAAACGCUCGCCUCCACGGCAUGAAUUCCGUUACUAUCGCUUCCCUGGCUUACAUCGCAACUCAGGUGCGAUUUUCUCUCAGCUCGUCCUCCGUAUUCUCGCGGACCGACACAACCACGGACUCCGAGACGUUCUAUCAUAGCCUCCUCGACCUUUUAGAAGACCCAGAAGAAUGUCAAGAAGUUGAUGAACUGCUCACCUGGUGGAAUUGUCAAGUCUUUCCCACAUCCUCUGCUGCCAAGAGACCUACCAGUGCCAACAGCGCCUUAUCCAAGAUCCGACAAAAACGCCUUGCCCUCAAACACGCCACACGUCUGGAUGUUGUCACUGCGUAG